UCGUGGCUGCAAUAGCCGCGCCCCCCAGCCCGAGUCCGUAUGGAUUCCGGGGAUGGCUGCCGCCUGGCCUCGGCCGGGGGUCUGGCUUCGGCUACCCAGAAGCCAAGGCAGGAGCCGGGGGCCGGGGCCGAGGCGCAGGCUCCUGGCGCCAGUGCGGUGGGAGCCCGCCGCUUCCUGCUCUGUCUUUAUGUGGUGGGCUUCUUGGAUUUGUUUGGUGUGAGCAUGGUCGUCCCUUUAUUGAGCCUUCAUGUCAAAUCUCUUGGGGCAAGUCCAACAGUUGCUGGAAUAGUAGGCUCCUCCUACGGCAUUUUGCAGCUCUUUUCUAGCACAUUGGUGGGCUGCUGGAGUGAUGUGGUCGGAAGACGGUCCUCCUUGCUGGUGUGCAUUCUGUUCAGCGCCCUGGGUUAUCUCAUUCUCGGAGCAUCCACCAGUGUGUUCCUGUUUGCCCUCGCCAGAGUCCCUGUGGGUAUAUUCAAACACACACUCUCCAUUUCAAGGGCUCUGCUUUCUGAUCUGGUCACAGAGAAGGAACGACCACUCGUAAUUGGACAGUUCAACGCAGCCUCUAGUGUGGGCUUCAUCUUAGGCCCCAUGGUGGGUGGCUAUCUCACUGAGUUAGAUGGUGGAUUCUAUUUAACAGCCUUCAUCUGUUUUUCCGUCUUCAUUCUCAAUGCUGGGCUGGUUUGGCUGUUUCCGUGGCGGGACGCGAAGCUCACCAGUACAGAGAUAGACCUGCCAGCGGCUAAGAACUCUGAGCUUCGGGAGAAGACAGACUGUCAAGUGCAAGAAGCGGCCCCCCACUGCCGGAGCAGGGCCCGUGGGAAGCCCUCCAGGCCGCCCUGGGUGGAGGUCGCUUCCGCACUGCGGGACAUGAAGAGCCUGAUAUUUUCCGAAAUGUGGGACAUCUUCGUGGUGCGCUUGCUGAUGGCCGUGGCGGCCAUGCUCUACUACAGCAACUUUGUGCUGGGCCUGGAGGAGCGCUUCGGGGUGCGGCCGCGGUCAGCUGGCUACCUCAUCAGCUACGGCAGCGCGCUGGGCGCCCUGGCCGGCCUGGCGCUGGGGCCCAUCCUGCGGUUGUACCGGCACGACGGCCACGCGGUCCUGCUGCACUCGAGUGUGCUCACGUGCGUGCUGCUGCUGCUGCACACCGCCACCCGCACCGUGGCCGUGGCCAUGCUUUGCUCCUCGCUGCUGGCCGUCUCCACUGCCGUGGGCAGGACCUGCAUCACCGACCUGCAGCUGGCCGCGGGAGGGGCGCAGGCCAGCGGCACGGUCAUCGGCGUGGGGCAGUCGGUCACGGCUGUGGGCCGGAUCGUCGCCCCCCUCCUCUCUGGGGUGGCGCAGGAGGUCAGCCCGUGCGGGCCCCCUGGCCUGGGGGCUGCCCUAGCCCUAGUGGCGAUUUUCAUAAUGUCAUUGAACAGACGCCGGUAUGGUGAUGGUGGCCGUGACAAAUUAAAAAAUGAGUAAAAUGGAACUGGACGCAAGAAACCAACUCCGAGGCUGUGGAGGAGGGAUUUCCCAACGGGUGUGAUGUGUUGAUAGACGCCCAGGUCCGGCCUGCUGGCCGAUCAGAAGCCAGAGCUUUGUUGAAGGGGAAGGUAUUAAAGGUUCUGUAAAAGCCUCCUCUUCCCACCCAGCCGGUGCGGUUGAAGUUUUCCGGGAGAAGCACUACCAGCUUCAGGGCAGGGGGAUGAUGGUGAGUUAAUAGAAGGUGAUGUACUCCCCUGCUAAGUAAAAACUACGGUAUCGCAUUAAUAAAGUGAUCCACUGGGA